CGUCACUCCCACUUCCAAACUCUGAGUUCCGAUGGAAAUGGAACGCACCAAUAUAUACACAUAUGUGCGUUAUGCACAUGCAUGUGCAAGCCCAAGGUUGCCCUAACAACAGUCAAGAUGGCAGCCGGAGACGAGCAGCAUGCUGCAGGGGAAGUUUUAAGAGCACUCGCCCGGCAUUUGAACUGUCUAAACGAAGACAACAAGUCGACAAGAAAGAGGGCUAUUGAGCAGAUUAAGAGGGAGACCGUGGACAAAGGACUUUCCAGUUGCGUCUUACAGGAGGUUUUCUCUGCCCUCCUCAAGCCUCUCCUCAAAUGUCUGUCAGACCCCAAUGAAGGAUGCAGAGAAACUGCGAUAGCUGUGAUAACAGAGUUCAUUCGCUGUGUCCCCAAACCCGAAGAGUCGCUGCCUUAUCUCAUGCCCUGUCUGGCUGUACGGCUCGGGGAGAAGGAGAUCCGUGAGCCGGCGGAGGAACUCCGACUAUCGGCCAUGGAGAUGUUGACUCUGACCGUGGAGGUGUGCGGGAAACAUCUAGCGCCUUAUUUAAGUGAUAUGAUGAACAUACUUCAGAGAACCAUUGUUGAUCCGUUCCCGGAUGUCAAACGAGAGAGCUGCAGAUGCACUGUAAAGUUCUCCGAUAGUGUGUCAGACCACUUUCACAUGCAAGCUGAGAGUCUGGUCAAGCCGCUCAUGCAGACGAUUUCUCAUCAGCACUCCCGGGUACGAGUGUCUGUCAUUGAAGCCACCAGAGCAGUCAUUCAUCAUGGCACUGGGAAGAACGUGGACGACGUGCUCUCUCACAUGGCACAGAGACUGUUCGACGACUCGCCGCAGGUGAGAAAAGCUGUGACUGCGGUUGUUGGUGAUUGGCUACUUCACAUGAGGGACAGAUACUCGUAUUUCCGCAAACUCAUCCCUCUCCUGUUGAGCAGCGUCAACGACGAGAUCCCAGAAAUAAGACUUCUAGCAGCUGAUUUAUGGAGACAAGUAGGUGCACAAUGGGAGAAGGAGAACGAGAACGAACUUAAGGACAAGAUGGACUUCCUCCUCACCCCACCUGAAUUCUACCCUCCAGGAGUGGAGCGUCCAGGGCUCGGCUGCAGAGAGCUGGUGAUAAGAAACCUGGGCAGUUUGCUUCCAGCCAUCGGCAAUGAUAUAAAUGACUGGCUGGUGCCCACGCGAGUCAGGACUUCACAGUUGCUUUCAGUGCUCUUGCUUCACGCUGAGGACCACAGCACCCAGCACCUUCAGCCUCUCCUGGCAACAAUCUACCGGGCCUGCACUGACACAGAGAGGGACGUGGCCAACAAUUGCCUGGCAGCUGCUAAACUGCUGGGAACCUUUGUUCCUCCUGCCGUCUUCCUCAAGCUGCUGCUGGACCAUGUGACAUCACCCUGCUCUUCCUCCCACCCCUGGACCCCCCUCAUGGUGUUGACUGCAGUGCUGGCUGGCUGCUCCAAGCCCCUCCUUAAACCACAUCUUGAACAGAUCGCCAACACACUGGCCCAGCCCGACGUCUGCCAGGAAUAUCAGCAGGUUAUGUACUUGGAGCAGUUGUUGGCCUGUGUGGAUGUGCUGCUACGUCAGUGUGAGUCAGACUGUGGCUCAGUCAGCCUGCAGCUGCUGCAGGUGCUGGUCACCGUCCAGAGUCUCUCCACUGAUACCGACCUCAGUGAAAAGGCCUUGGAGAGUGCACAGUGCUUAUGUAAGGUGCAGGAUCUGGACUCGGUGAUGGACCUCUAUAGACAACAUAUGGCCCAGCUGCUGGAUUGGCUGUCUGCCUCUGUCAACACCUGGUCCAGUUACUCCCCGCAGAGACUCCAACUGCAUGUCGUAGUCACCCAAUCAGGUCCUGUGAUUGGGGAGUUUGUGAGCCAGCUGAUGCCGCUGCUCCAUCGCUGCCUCCAACCAGACAAAGACGCCGAAAUGAGGCUGAGGGUCUUCACGAUGCUUGCCAAGUUGCUGCUGGAUGCGCCCAACACGCUGGAUUCCCAGGGGCGUUUUCGUGACGAGUCGGAGAAAUUCCUGUGUGAUGUCCUGCUUCCUAACCUGGUGUGGCACGCAGGCCGUACUGCUGCUGCUGUCCGCACCUCAGCCAUCAGCUGUCUGUUGGCCCUGCUCCAUGGAGGGGCAAUCACACCUGGAAUGCUGCUGUGUCUUGAGGAGAAGCUCCGACCUCGGGUGUUGUCGGCCCUGGAUGAGGACUCUGCCAUGGGCCGACUGUUGGCUUGCCGCUCUGUAUCCACCAUCCUCAGACUCAUAGGAGACAGUCUGCACCCUGACGCUCUCAACAAGAUCUACCCCGAGCUGCUGAAACGUCUAGACGACAGCAGCGGGGACGUGCGUGGUGUGGCUCUGCAGGCCCUGGACAAGUGGCUGUCCAGCCUGAACAAAGAUUACGACCCUCAGCUCUUGGCUCCUCAUCUGCAGCUCCUCUUCCAGCAACUGCUUCUGCACAUGGACGAUCCAGAUUCCGCGGUUCAGGACCAAGUGUUCGAUAUCCUGAAGAAAGGUAGCUCGGUCCAUCCGGCGCUGCUGCAGAAGGAAGUAGAGGCAGUGAGAGAUAAACAUCGCAGUCCACUCUACUGUGAGCGGCUGCUGCAGCACAUCGGCUCACUGUCUACAGACAUGGCAGCAGACUGUCCCGAGUGACAUGAACACAUCCCAAAUGAACAGUAACCAUCUUUCUGCUGCGAUACAGAUUCCACAGGCGACCAGCUUUUUAAUUAUGUGGAUUUUCUUUCUUUUUGAGUUUAAUUUUCACAAAGAUCUUAAUGCUUUUUACAUAUUGUUUAAGUCUUUUUUGCUUGGAAAUAGCUGUCACAUCUUGAAAUGGAUGGAUGGAGUAGAUAGCAGCAUGAAUUACAUACAUACAAUAGAAUUGUUUAUGUAGUCCAGGUCUCAAAUCUAUGAUUCUUAAUAUAUCGAAAGAGAAAGUGCCCGGAUUUGUUCAAUUUCUAAUGUUUCUGUGUCUCUUCUCUGCUGGAACUUGGUGAGAUGUGUUUGAUGCCUUAGUAAAAAAUAACAAUAAUAAUAAUAAUUAAAAGAAUAUUUUUUGCA